GGAGGCAAGAGCGGCAAUCUUUCGUGAGUACCCGGAUGUCGCUCCUUCCCUCCCUCCCUCCUUCCCGCCUCCCCUUCGGGGCUCGCGGCAGGGAGAACAAAAUGGCGGCCGAAGUCAAUGCACCCGUUGGAUGAGAACAAGAGAAGGGAUUUCAAGAAAUGGCCUUGGCUAAUCUGUGUUUCCUUUGCCGUUGUUGUCAGCGUUGCCAAAAUUCCCGACAUCGGGCUUUUACUUCCACAACCUACUGCUGGUCUUCAGCUAGGCAUAUUAGCCACUAUGACGUUCUGGGGAUCAAACAGGAUGCUACUUCAAAGGAGAUCAAACAAGCCUUUUUUAGGAAAUCAAAACUGCUCCAUCCUGACAGCAACCCCACCAACCCCGAACUGCACAGCCAGUUCGUGAAGCUGAACGAAGCCUACAACACCUUGAGCAAAGAGAAAAGCCGCCGAGAUUACGAUGCCCAGCAAACCAUCCAGAAGACCUGGCAGCGUCAGGAAACCCACCGAGGUUCGGCCCGGGACCCUUUCGGCGAUCUUCACAUCCAUCGCCGGCCCAGGAACCAGAAGACCCAGGAGCAUCAAAGCUCCCGCAGCCGUUCAGCUGAAGAAGACCCUUUUAAUUUCGAUCACUUUCAAGAAACCGGAAGAAAUCCAGACCCCUAUGGGGACAAUGCGUACUGGCAGGAAUUCCGCAAACCGCCUCCAGAGUGGUAUUCAAACCAUGAGUUCAAGAGGAGGCACCAACGCAACCUGAGGAUCGUAAUGUACUGUUUGCUGAUCAUGUCUGGAAGCCUCCUGGUUCACUUCGUAUCAUACAGGCAGGUCGCAAAACUUCACACAAGCUUCAUGGACGAGAAGGACCGUAUGAUCACCCAAGCCCUUAUUAAGGCAAAGGAGCAAGCUAGAGCCAGGCAUGAAGAGCGUCUACGACAGAAGCGCACCCCAAUUCCGGAGGAAGACCCCACCUCCUCUAAACCACCCUCGGAAAACUUGGACUCUGUAAAGGAUACGGUUCCUCCCAUCGCAACUUCCAAAUAAUCCGGUUGCAGCCGGCCCGUUUUCCAGCCUGCUGGCCGAGACCCUCAAGGUCUCCCUCUUCGGACCCCCAUCCCUUGCUCCCCAAUUGCUGUCAAUAGAAGCCCUUCGCUACUCUU